AUGUUUUUGUUUUUUUUCCUUCUUUAUGAGGAAACUAGUAGCUGCUCAAAGACAGAAUGGCCCAUCCGCGACACAGGCCUCGGCAAAACCGUGAAAUGGGACCACUACAGCCUCAUCUACAACGGCGAGCGCCUCUUCUCCUUCGGCGGCGAAUUCCACCCAUUCCGCAUCCCCGUCCCUGAGCUCUGGGUCGACAUCCUGGAGAAGACCAAGGCCUCGGGAAUGAACACCAUGUCCUUCUAUAACCACUGGGGGUUCCACAUGCCGGCGUCGAAUCCCGAGUCGCUGGAUUUCGAGUCUGGCGCUCACGAUCUCGGCAGACUUUAUGAGAUUGCGAAGGAGCUGGGGCUGUUCGUGCAUGCCCGGCCGGGCCCUUAUAUCAACGCCGAGCUUAAUGCCGGUGGUAUGCCACUGUGGCUUACGACGGGGGAGUUUGGCGCCCUGCGCGAUAAUGAUACCGCAUGGGAGGCGAAGUGGAAACCGUACAUGGACCGCGUGGCGGAGAUCACGGCGCCAUACCAGGUGUCGCGGAAUGGCACGGUGCUUCUGUUCCAGAUCGAAAAUGAGUUCCCCGAGCAGUGGGCGGAUGUUGAGGAGAAGGUGCCGAAUCCUGUGCCGAUUGCGUAUAUGGAGGAGCUGUUUGAGCAGAUGCAGGCGAAGGGCAUCGAAGUGCCCCUCACGCAUAAUAUGCCCGGCCAGAAGUAUAAAUCCUGGUCGGUGGACUAUGAUACUGUCGGGGCGGGCGGGAAUGUGCAUAUCUAUGGACUGGAUAAUUAUCCGUCCUGCUGGUCUUGUAUGCCAGAGGACUGUGGCACCUCGAACCCCUCGUUCACGCUCAUGGACUACACCGCGCACUUCAACGAAGUAGCAGCCAAACAACCAUCCAUGAUGCCCGAGUUCCAAGGCGGCGCGAUGAAUCCCUGGGACGGGCCUGCGGGCGGGUGCGAGGCGAAGACGGACGACUCCUUCGUCAACUUCUACUACCGCGACAAUGUGGCCCAGAGCGUGACAAUCCUGGGGAUUUACAUGUUCUACGGCGGGACGAACUGGGGAUGGCUUGCUGCGCCGUUUGUGCCGACCAGCUAUGGCUACUCCGCUGCCAUUGCGGAGAACAGAUCGAUUGGAGCCAAGUAUUAUGAGAUUAAGAGUCUGGCGCUGUUUACCAGGUCAGCGAGGGAUCUGACGAAGACGGAUCUCGUGGGUAAUAGUACGUCGUAUAGCGACAAUGAGGCUGUGACGACGAUUGAGCUCCGCAACCCGGAUACUGAUGCUGGGUUCUAUGCGAUUCGGCAUACGGAUCCUACGAGUAACGACGAGCAGGCGUUUAGACUGUCCAUUCGGACUUCGGCAGGGAAUUUCACAGUGCCGGCUCUGGACGACGGGGCCAUCGCUCUCAAUGGGCAUAUCCAGAAGAUCCUGGUCACGGAUUUCCCGUUUGGGAGUAGGAACCUGAUCUACUCGACAGCGGAGGUUCUGACUUAUGGGAUCUUUGACGAGCAGCCAACGCUCGCCUUAUGGGUUCCGAAUGGAGAGGGCGGGGAGUUCUUCGUCCAGGGUGCCAGAUCCGGUAAAGUGAUUGCUGGGGGGAAGUCCGAUGUCAGAUUUUCCCGGUCUCAGAAAGGACUGAUUGUCAGUUUCAAGGAGCAUAAAGGCAUGGCAGUUAUAUUGCUCGAUGGCGAUGUCCGGGUUGUUGUCAUGGAUCGAGACACGGCACACCGAUUCUGGGCCCCUGCCUUGACAAACGACCCUCGAGUGCCUGCUAACCAAGUGGCCUUUGUGCAAGGGCCGUAUCUUGUCAGGUCGGCGGUCUUCGAUAACCACACACUCUCUCUCCUCGGCGACUCGAGCGAGGCAACCGACAUCGAGGUGUUCACUGAAAGCCGAGUCCGCACUAUAAAAUGGAACGGAAGGACACUGAGAACGUACAAGACAAAAUACAACACCCUCAAAGCUAGCAUUGACGGACCAGCAGAGUGGUCUCCUCCCAGCUUCCGGGCCUGGAAAGUCCACGAUAGUCUUCCUGAACGAUUCGCCAACUACUCUGACUCGGGUCCUGCAUGGGCCAAUGCCGACCAUAUGACAACAGUCAGCAAGUACGACGAGGCCACAAAGCCAUACCUGUAUGCCGAUGAGUAUGGCUUUCAUGCUGGCGUGCAGCUCUGGCGUGGAUAUUUCAGCGGGUCCGCCGGAAGCGUGUACCUCGACGUCCAAGGGGGCACUGCACACGGCUGGUCCGCCUGGUUGAAUGGCGACUUUAUCGGUUCCUUCCUGGGCGACCUGGACUCAUCGUCUGGAUCAAAGGAGCUCGAACUCCCGUCCAAGAGCGUCAAGUCCGGAGAGAAUGUCCUCCUCGUCAUGCAAGACAACUCAGGCCAUGACCAGGGAUCAGGCUCCCUCAACGUCCGCGGAAUCAUCAAUGCCACUCUCAUUGACAACAAAUCCGGCCGCUUCAGCGCCUGGAAAGUGGCUGGCACAGCUGGCGGCGCAUCCAAUACAACCAUCGACCCCGUCCGCACGUACUACAAUGAAGGCGGCCUCACCGCAGAGCGUCUGGGUUGGCACCUCCCCGGGUUCGAUGACUCGGGAUGGUCGACCAGCACACCGAGUGACGGAUUCAGCGGCGCUGGCGCCAAGUUCUACCGGGGUAUCCUGCCCUUGGAUACACCCGAGGGCCACGAUGUUGCUCUAAGCGUGAAGAUCAGUUUCGACGAGGAAGCCUCGGAGAAGAGUACAUUCCGCGCGUAUCUUUAUGUCAAUGGGUACCAGUACGGACGAUACUAUCCGUAUAUCAAUAGUGCGGUGAAUACGUUCCCAGUGCCGCCUGGGAUCUGGGACUAUUCUGGCGACAAUGUUGUUGGACUUGCGGUUUGGAAUCAGGGGGAUGGGGAGGUCAAGCUUGAUGUCGAUGUGCAAGUGGAUUAUGUGCUUGCUUCGGCGUUGGACGUCAAGUUUGAUGGGCAGUAUUUGAGGCCUGGAUGGGAUGAGAGUCGUGCGGAGUAUAUUUAGAUUACCGUCUGCCCGGUGUUGGUCAGGGAAGUUCUGCGCGAUAUAGCAGUUAGCACAAAGACAGGCAUUUGCUAUCUAACGAACAAUAUCAACCUGAUUCCAAGC